GUGGACUUGCAACGACCUGAAGGGCCGAUGAAAACUAAAAACGGGACGGGAGACGAUUUGGCCUCAGAAUAAUCGCCACCACUCUCUCCCUCCCGUCCUCCGGUAGAAACACAAACUUAGUUCAACAGUCCACCAGCUAAUAACUAGAAAGCACGCAUUUAUAUCGCAGCAGCCUCGGCGUCUCCGCCUCCUGCCCUCCUCUAGUUCUCCACAAUUUUGCAGCCCCAUUGCUCCAUUCCCCCUUUUAUUAAUAAGUUCCCUCAGGCAAUCCCUCCCUUCAUUCCCUCUCCUUCUGUCCCUGCCUCCCCUCUGCAUUUUCUUCUCUUCGUUCCCAAUCCGCUGCCAGUGAAGUUCCCGGAAAUGGCGACUGUUUUCCAGGGACUGGGAGCAACUGCAGCAAUUACUGCCGCCGCCAAUCCCCUCGAUUCCAACAAGUUCCUUCUCUCCUCGAGGAGAUCCUUCUCAGGCAAGAAAACAAGCUUGGUCGUGGUCAGAUCUGAUGGUAGUCUGAACUUGAACACGGGCUCUAGUGCUGGAGCUCGCAGGCUUGACCAAUUAGUUACCAAUGCUGUUGCUACUAAGGCCGAUGCUGCUGCAGCAGCAUCUGCAUCUAAACCCGGACAUGAACUUCUGCUUUAUGAGGCCCUACGAGAAGGGCUAGAAGAAGAAAUGGACAGAGAUAAUCGGGUUUGUGUCAUGGGGGAAGAUGUGGGUCACUAUGGAGGUUCCUACAAGGUGACCAGAGGGCUAGCUGACAAGUUUGGGGAUCUCAGGGUUCUCGACACUCCAAUUGCUGAAAAUGCCUUCACCGGUAUGGGGAUUGGAGCUGCCAUGACUGGAUUACGCCCAAUUGUGGAAGGGAUGAAUAUGGGAUUUCUCCUCCUAGCUUUCAACCAGAUCUCAAACAACUGUGGCAUGCUCCACUACACCUCAGGUGGCCAGUUCACCAUCCCAAUCGUCAUCCGUGGGCCCGGUGGUGUUGGACGCCAGCUUGGUGCUGAGCACUCGCAGCGUCUUGAAUCGUAUUUCCAGUCCAUCCCUGGAAUCCAGAUGGUUGCAUGCUCCACUCCUUACAAUGCAAAGGGCUUGAUGAAAGCUGCAAUCCGAAGUGAGAACCCAGUGAUCCUUUUCGAGCACGUGCUGCUUUACAACCUCAAGGAAAGAAUCCCGGAUGAAGAGUACAUCUGCAAUCUGGAGGAAGCUGAGAUGGUUAGGCCAGGGGAACAUAUCACCAUCUUGACUUACUCUCGAAUGAGAUAUCACGUGAUGCAGGCUGCCAAGACUUUGGUGAACAAGGGAUACGACCCUGAAGUGAUUGACAUCAGGUCCUUGAAACCUUUUGAUCUUCACACGAUUGGGAACUCGGUGAAGAAGACGCAUCGGGUGCUGAUAGUGGAGGAAUGCAUGAGGACGGGAGGGAUUGGUGCUAGCUUGACUGCUGCAAUCAACGAGAACUUCAUCGACUAUUUGGAUGCCCCAAUCGUGUGCUUAUCUUCACAGGAUGUGCCGACACCUUAUGCUGGGACACUGGAGGAAUUCACAAUUGUGCAGCCUGCCCAGAUUGUGACGGCAGUUGAGCAGCUAUGCCAGUAACAUUGGCCCUAGCCGUUACACCAGCCAGCCGUUGUUGUGGUAGAGUUCUUAAGCAAGGGGGGUAAAAGUUUCUCACUGUUGUUUUGGGUUUGUAUUAAUGGGUUUAGUUUUUACAGCUUGUUUAGCAAAUUUGUGGUUAUUGAGACUUGCAGCUGUCUUGUCUUUGCUUCAUGUAGACUUGCAUGUUUCUGGUGUUUCUUUGCCUAAAACUGUUGCCUGGCGAUCUUUUUCUACUGUUUAAAUUCAUGAAAACAUUUAUACUUCUGUUGAAUGCCAAGCACAUAGAAAUAAGACAGUCCAAUUUUUUAUGGGUGGGAUCAAUCUGUUUCAGGUUGUAUAAUUACGGGUC